GGUCACACCCACACUACACUAGUCAGGCGCCGCCCGCUAUUGCGCGCGGCCUCCUACGGUCCUCGCUACCUGUUCGCGCGCCGGCGCUCGGCUGCACUGCUUCCCUCGGGAACUCUAGGUGGUCCCCUCCGCUGAGGCGCCAUUGGGCCAGGCCGCCGCGGACCCAGGAGGGGCACGAGAGCCGCUAAACCCGGGGCAACAGCCGCGACAGCGAACGCGAGGCGGGCUCGGUGUGGGGACCCAGGAGCGACACGCUCGGCCCUCAGCCGACUCGCGGCCAGACGUGAGCAAUCGGAGGCCGAGCAAGGGGAGGCGGGGUCUUCUCGGCCCUUGGCGCCGCUCCCCUAGGGCACCUUCGGAGUUCAGCGUUCUCCAGUAGCAGUGCUGAGGCGACAGCGUGGGAAGAAGUCCGAGACAAAGAUCUUCUUAUAGGAGUUCACAAAAAAAUACCAACAUGUCAUGUUCUACACCAUUUAAGAUGAGAUUAGUUCAUUUGGACCUCAAGGGAGCACCACCAAAGGUUUCAUAUCUCUCUGAGGUUUUUCCCCUGUUCCAUGCACUUGGUGCAAAUGGCCUCCUCAUUGAGUAUGAAGACAUGUUUCCCUAUGAGGGCCGCCUGAGGCUGCUGAGGGCCAAGCAUGCAUACAGCCACUCUGAAGUUACAGAGAUCCUGCACCUGGCCAGACUCAGUGAGCUGGAGGUUGUUCCCUUGGUGCAGACAUUUGGACACAUGGAGUUUGUGCUAAAGCAUGAAGCAUUUGCACAUCUCCGUGAAGUGGCUCUCUUCCCCAAUACCCUGAACCCUCAUGAGGCUGAGUCUCUGGCAUUGGUAAAAGAUAUGAUUGACCAGAUUCUGGAGCUACAUAGGGGUGUCCGGUGGCUCCACAUUGGCUGUGAUGAGGUCUACUACUUGGGCGAGGGGGAGACCUCAAAACAGUGGCUACAGCAGGAACAGAACAGCCACGCAAAAUUGUGUUUGUCCCACAUGCAGGCAGUAGCCAGCCAUGUGCUGGCACAGCACCCUGGCACAACACCCUUGGUGUGGGAUGACAUGCUACGAGACAUCCCCCAGGAACAGCUAAAAGCAUCUGGGGUGCCUCAACUGGUGGAGCCUGUGCUCUGGGACUAUGGAGCUGACCUGGAUGUCCACAGCAAAAUCUUCCUCAUGGGAAAGUACCAGGAGUGUGGCUUCCAGAGGCUGUGGGCUGCCAGUGCCUUCAAGGGGGCCACAGGGGCUAAUCAGGCCCUGCCCCCUGUUGAGCACCAUAUUAGAAACCAUGAGCAAUGGCUACAGGUGGCAGUCAGUGGUCCAGUGGAUACUCUGCAAGGAAUCAUCCUGACUGGCUGGCAGAGGUAUGACCACUUCUCUGUGCUGUGUGAGCUGCUCCCUGUGGGAAUCCCAUCCCUGGCUGCCUGUCUACAGUUACUUGUACAUGGAGGCUUUGCUGAGGAUGUUAAGCUGAGAGUGGAACACUUCCUUGGGGUUUCAAGCCUGGAAAUAAUGGAUACUAUGAGUGAGGGAGCUGGUUCCUUCCCUGGCAGUGACAUCCAUGCCCUCGUCACACAAAUUAGUCUUCACCUGCGCAGCUCUGUGGAUACACUUCUGGAAAGGAACAGGUAUGUCACUGGCUGGUUCAGCCCCUACCAUCGCAGGCGGAAGCUUAUUCACCCAGUUAUGAUCCAGCACAUACAGCCAGAGGCACUCAGCCUUCUGAGCAGGUGGAGCAACCUUGUGCAGCAGUUGGAGGUGGCCCUGCAGCUGGCCUUCUACCCGGACACCAUAGAGGAGUGGCUAGAGGAGAAUGUGCUCCCAAGUAUGCAGCGACUGCAGGGUCUACUGCAGGACCUGGGGGAGGCUGCCCCACUGCCACCCCCCACCAGCUCAGGCUGGGACACAGGUCAGAACCCCUAAAGGGCUGGGGCUCUGUUUAUCAGCCUGGACAACACCAAGAUUCCUGCCUCAGUGCCCAGCCAAUGUGGGGCCUGGACACAUGUGCAGAUAGGCUCCCAAACUGUAUAAACAGUAACCUUGGGCAAAGCUGAAAACAGAAAAAGGCACAUGGAGACUCAUUUGCAAUCUGCAUGUAGAGCUUUUUAAUUAUGAAAUAAAAAAUCAAACAAACAGUAGAAGCAGAAGUCCCACUAACAGAAAAUUGGAUCAGCGUUUUACCACCACCCUGGCUUAUAGAGGGCUUCAUUCCUUUACCGAGGAAUGAGUCCCAACACUGGGAAACAUAGGAAGGGGAUAUGACAGCACCCAAGAAACAGAAUCCUCCUCCCUUGUCUAAAGUACCUUAAGAGUCUGUAGGCAACAAGCCAAAAGCCAACAGCUAUUAUUUCACACUUUUCAUUUGUGGAAAAAAAAAUUCUCUAACUUGACCAUUUAAAAAGCUCACUUUGGCAUGUUCAAGGGACCAUGUUCCCCAAGUCAGAACUGGUAGUAGUCACUUCAAAGAAAAUCUGUUAAGGGUUCUGGCCUAACUAUUCCUGCUCAGCCCAAGUACAGUGGCCUCAGGGCUGCCUUGACUUCUUUGUCUAUAUAACUCCUCAGUUUCCCAGUUCUCCCUGGCCAGGCAUGAGUACACAACUUUUGAGGGGGGCUGUGUGUAGACCAGAGGUCCACAGCUUUCAGGCCUAGAAGCCAAGCUAGGAAUUUAGUGGACACUGUACUUUUGAGAGACUUGAGUCCACUCAGAAAAAGACUAGAAGAACAGAAAAGAACCAUCAGUGGCUGGUACCAACUUCUGUUAGAAGAGGCAGUGGCCCAGACUGGCCUUGAACUUUCUUCCUGCCCCACUUCUUAAGGCUGAGAUUUAUAGGGGUGUGUAUCACAUGCCUAUCUUCUUCAGGUCUUUUCAAGGCUUGAGAGGCUAAGACCCAAUUUCUGUAAAGGAGCUCCCAGGUCUUAAAGGCUACAGGAUGCCAGAAGAGGUGGCCUUUCCUCCACUAGCAGCUUCUUCCCAGAUUGGGUUGGGAGAGCCUUCCCUUCCUAACAACUAUGCUGCAACACUGCUGGGAUCUCAGACAAGUGGUCUAGGCAGGAACAGGGCAGUCAGCAGCACUCUGGUUUCUCUGAGAGUUCUGCAGCCCGGCAGCACCCAGGCAUCCAGCAUUCAGAGCUGCCCUCGGGGAAGCCCCUGACCACCAAAAUGUCUAUCUUGAGAAGGGAUGGUCAAGGAGAGGAGACAUCAGGAUUUAUAGCAACAAGUCCAAACCACUAUGCACACAGAAAGAGUGGGUCCUCCUUACAUGCAUGUGGGUGUCUCACUAUGAAGUGGAGUCUUGACUGCAAUAGCCUGGGGUGGCAAGACCUCUUGAAGGCAGGCACUAGGCCUAUGCUGAAGAAAGACUGGCAUCUUAUACCUCAGAUGCCCUUGGGUGAGCUUAUCCAAACCAGGCUGUGCUGCCUAAGCCAGAGCUGCAGUCUAACUGGAGAAAGCGCUGAUUUCUGAGAUCCUGCCCUCCUCUGGAUAGCACCAACCUCCUGCAUCUGGGUUGUGGAAGAUAUCCAGCCCAUGGUUCUGCAAAGCAUAGAAGCAUAAACAAGCAAAAGGCAGGUGGUCCACACAAGAACUGCCCAAGGACCCAUAGGCAGGUGCCCAAGAUCUGCCUGCACCUUCAUAAUUGGCAAGUCAGUUGGAGACAUGUCAGAAAUGGGUGACAUUUACCAGCAGUCAUUCCACAAUGUCAGCUCUGGUCACCCAGGCCAUCAGCUUCACUGUCGCUGCUUUGUGACCGUUCUGAGGGGCUCUCCAGGCGGUGCAGGUCCAAGAAGCUAGUGAUGAGUUUGGCAAUGGCUUCCACAUCACUAGGCCAGAAUCAAGAAAGUAGGUCACCAUGGCAAAGGUAACACACCACAAAAGACCCACACUGUCUCAUCUCCUACCAUAUAUCUACAAGAACCCCAGGGGUCCCAAAUGGGCCCAGUAUCUCUGGCCUCAGCCCUACUCUUAACAGACCUCAACCUUGUUCUGUUGCCUCCCCUACAGAUACCCAUGGCAAAGCUACUCCUAAGUACAUCCAUCCUUCCUGCAGCCCCAUAUUCCUAUCUACAGACAUUCAGCUUCUCCCCUGCUGAAUGAGAAACCCAAAAGGAUAGCCCAGUCUUGCUCUAUACCACCCUUACCUGCGUCGGCCCAUGACUGCACUCUGAGUAAGGGGAUGGGAGAAGCCUGUUGCAAACCGGAGCACCACGGUGUAACCCUUCCCAAAGUAACGGACCUUUUCUUCCUCCACAUUCACAUCCUGGAUGUCUUUCAACAGGACCACCACUGGGGACAGAAGGGUUUGCAGAUGAACAGUCAUCCCUAUGCUCUCACCCUAUGCUGUAGGACAGCCUGUUUCAGGAUGCCCAGCUCUGCUGAACAGUAGAAGUGGCAUUAGUGACAAACAUAAUUGCUAUUCCACAUUCUGGACUGUGGCUCCAGAAUAACUUCUGGAUAAGAAUACCCCCCAGGGGACUCAUCACUCCUGCAGUUUUAGGCAGAAAGAAGCUGGCUGGCCUGAGCAAUCUUACAGCAGGGAUCACUAAGCCCAAGCUGCCAUCUUCAAGCUACCUUUUUUGCCUAAUUUUACCUAAGGCUGGAAAACUUAUCUGGUUCCAGUAGAGUAGCCCUGCUAUUUCCUUGCACAGGAAAACCAUUGCUAACUAAUGUAUGGCUGAUACUGCUUUCCCAAGAGCCACUAGGAAACCUAUGAGAUCAUUCCACUGUCAGUGACACGGGGCUAACCCGGUGGCUUGCUGCCUGUGGGGAUUGGUUCUCAGGUGUGUCAGGGCUCCCAACAAGCAGCCUGGGGUAGUUCAGCCAGUGCACUAAUGCACAUCCCCACAAACCUGCUCUGGUCUUCAUUGGCUGUAUACUACCACAUUUGAAUGCUACAUUUGGAUAUAUACUGCCAGCACUCCAUACAAGUUAAAGGCCUGAAGUCCUUGGGGCCUAACUCCUUAUGUUAAAAGCCUACUGAAGAUCCUGUGGGAUGCACACGCAGUUACUUGCAUGUUUGUAAUGCACAAUGCCUGGGCUGAAUUCAGAGAGAAGAGACCUGUGAGAACCUUCUGUUACUUCACAGUUAGGCUUGCUUACAGGCCCAAAAGUUCAAGGGUUAGGGACUUCCUCUGACCAUCCUCUCGCUGCAUGGCUAACACAGCUGAUAGGAAUCAGAUAUAGGACUUGGGUCUGUGAAAGGCAAAGUGGUUCCUGAAGAACAGGAUGACUCCCUGCUAGUCUACCUGACAGAGUGACUGACUCCUACUACCCUCACCAACCUCAGAGAGCUAAUGAGGAGCUUCCAUCCUUCCUGAUAGGCUGAAACCUGGGAUGAGAUAUCUGCCUGGAUCCCACCCUGCAAGCCACGAUAUGUCUGGGGGACCCUCAUUCCUUGAGUAGGUGACCCAUCCAGACCUCCCCAAGCCUUUACCCACAUCUUACCUUGGUCAUGGCCUGCUCUGAGAAGAGUCAGCAGCUUCUUGUAGAGGCUGAAUGUUUUUAAGAUGACCUUCCCAGUGCUCUUGUUGAAAAUGGCUUCCUGCAAACCAAUGUAUGCUAACCACACAACUCCAGGAAGAGGGCCAAGCUAUGCUGAGACAUCAUCCCCCCCCCACUCACACUGGCACAAAUACUCAAGAUGCCCAGUGGAAAACCAACCCCCAAAGACUCCAGGGCUCUCUUCCAGAACCAACUUCUGUGUCUGACCUCUUGUACUUCUGUGGGCAAGGAGCACAGGAGAGAGAGCAGAUGGAGUAGGUUCCCUUUCCUCUUUGCAUGAGAACAAGACCAGGCUGGCUAUCUAACUCAGUGGUAGAACACUUACCCAGCAGGUAUGAGGCCUAAAGUUCAUCCCUCUGUACUGGGUAAAUGAAAGGACAAAAGGACAGGUUGGCAAUGAGGCCAUUAAGCAAAAAGCAGAAGCCUGGGCCAGGCAGCUUCAAGGGUUCUAAGAGGGCCAAAGCUAAGGGUAGGGGACUUCCCCAAAGGCUGACUUUUCCCAGGCUCCGGUUCUGCUGAUUCCUUUCAACUAUUUUAGGCCUACAGUAAGGUCCUAGUUGGUCAGAGGAAGCCCCAACCCUUGAACUUCAGGACCUGGGAGCUGGUCCAAUUGUGAGUUAGCAGAAUGUUCUCACAGGUCCCUGCCCUAUGCAGCCAGUCCAGCCAAGGGACAAUGCAGACUUGUACAACCCCAGGAAAAAAAGAACUUCUGUGAGUUGAGUGUGGUGCUUUAUGCCUAUCAGAAGGCUGAAGCAGUAAGUUUACUUUUGAGUUUGAGGCAAGCCUGCAAAAAAACAACACACAACACAGAACCUGGUGAAAAGCUAUGAGUAGCUUCUACAAGAGUCUAGGGCUGACUCCAGGUAACCAGUGCCUCUGGACUGGGACAGAUGCUUCCAAAUGGGAAGGGUGCUACUGUACCAUCUUACCUCCCAGUCCUCCAAGUUCUGUACAGCCACAAACAGGCAGCCUGUGACAUAGAAGAGCUUCCAGCCUAGACUAUCUGCAAGCAGACACAGUAUAUCAGCCCAUUAGCUAAAGAAGCCAAGGUGAUGUGUCCAUAUGAGGGUCCCACCAGCCCAGCCUUUCCUUCCUUCAGCUCAGGUUAGAGGCGUAGUCAACUGUGCUUCUGUACCUGCCUGGGUCACUGGUGACAUGUGUUUCCCAAACUCUGCCUAAGUCCACCUAAGAGAUAGGUAGAUCUAUAUAGCCUUGUCAUGGAGGGUGGGACACAUGAUUCCUUCCUAUAGCAAGGCAGCAAGCAAAUAAAUGCUAAAGAACUUCUUUCCAAGAGUAUUUUAUAACAGGAAGAAAUUUAAGAUGCAAGACAUUGGCUGCGGUCAUCUCUCACAAGGCAAGGCAGAGGCCACCCUAAAGGCCACACACACCAGGACUGCUCACAGGUGACUGUUUUGUUCAUUUCCAAGUACAAGGAAAUUGAAGGGGAUAGCAUACUUUACCUCCACUGUAAUAGGCAGCAGCCAGGCCAGUGGAUAAUAUUCCUGUAAAGAGAGGGAUUAUCUUGUUAAGUAGCUAAGGGGAGUCCCACUUCUUCGUAGUGCUAUAGCCCUAGCAAGCAGGCCUGUCUCAUGGCAGGACAUGUUCAGGGGCAGCAAGUAGAGGCUACAUAGUGCAGGGUUGGUGACACAGCCAAGAAGUUUGUUUAAAAAUAAGGGACAAGGGAAUUGGAAAGAUAGCUUAUUAGUUAAGAAUAUAUACUACUUUUGCAGAGGACCCCAGUUCAGUUCUCAGCACUGUUGUGGGAUAUUUUAUCACACCAUGUGAGGGUGUGUCACUGUGAUUGGUUUAAUAAAGAGCUGAAUAUCCAAUAGCUAUGCAGUAGAGAGUAGCUAGGCAGGACUUCUGGGCAGCAAAAGGAAAUCGGGAUGAAUCUCGGUACUCAGAUGUCAGCAACAGUGCUAGUCAGAUAUACAGAAUGGACGAGAGGUAAAAAAGCCACGUGGCAGAACAUAGAUUAAUAGA